AUGGGGAACCAGGGCCGGGUACCCAUCCCCAAUAAAGCUGCGUCCCAGGUCAAGCGCAGCGAGGUUCCUGGGCGCGCGGAGCCGGGCGGCGGGAGGGAGCCGCGGCGCGGGAGAGGUGCGGGGGGCGGGCUGGAGCCUCCUCCCCGCCCAGGCCCCGGGCGCUCCUGCGUCCCCUCCCGGCCGUCGCGGGUCCUACCGAAACUCGGCGGGCGCGGUGUCGAGACGCCCCCCCCCCGGUCCCCCCACCACGGGAGCCGGGCCGAGAGGGAGGGCCCCGGAGGUUCGGGAAGAGGGGAAAAGGGAGAAAUUCGAGAAACAAGCCACUCGGGGAGAACCAGACAAACCGGGUCCGGGCAGGGCGGGCGCAGCCGCCAGGGCGGAGCCGGGUCUGGGGCCCCGGGAGUGGGGGGCGGGCUCUCGGGCGGGAGGGGGCGCUCCGCCUCGGCGGCUCAGGGCUCGGGUGGAGGGUGGGGAGCCCCGAGGCCCGUGCGCCCGGGCUCCGCUGGGCUCCUCGUGACGCGGCACCCCAGGCCCCCGGCACCGACGGGAGCUCAGCCCCCAGGCGGGAGCUCCGCCCUCGGCCCCGCCCCAGACCCGAGCCCCAAAUUCCCGCGGGGUGCCCCGGUGUGCCAGGGGAGGUUGGGAGUGCGGCGCCGCGAGAAAGGAGGCGCAGAGGCGCGGGAGCUCGGGAGUGGCCGCGGGUCGCCAGGCCGUGGGUGGGCAGCGCGAGCACCGGCCCGGUGGCCCCGCCCCCUGGACGGGCCCCGCCCCCUGGGCGCCCCGCCCCCUCCUUCCCGCAGCCCCCACCCCCCGCCGGCUCCUCAACACAAACUUUCCGUCCCGCUCGCUCCCUCCUCCGCGCCCGGCGCCUCCCGCUCCAGCCCGACUCAUUCCCCCCCCUCGCAGCUCCCUCGGGCCCCGCGGAGCGGCCCUGCGGAGCGCCCCCCCGAGCUCGGACCAGGCUCAGGCUGCCUAGUGGGCUCAGGCCCAGAGCCCAGAGCAACCAGCACAAUAGCGUCCAACAGCUGGACCACCAGCAGCAGCCCCGGGGAGGCCCGGGAGGAUGGGCCCGAGGGCCUGGACAAGGGGCUGGACAACGAUGCAGAGGGCGUGUGGAGCCCGGACAUCGAGCAGAGCUUCCAGGAAGCCCUGGCCAUCUACCCGCCCUGCGGCCGGCGCAAGAUCAUCCUGUCGGACGAGGGCAAGAUGUACGGUCGAAAUGAGCUGAUUGCACGCUACAUCAAACUGAGGACAGGGAAGACACGGACAAGAAAACAGGUGUCCAGCCACAUACAGGUUCUAGCUCGGAAGAAGGUGCGGGAGUACCAGGUUGGCAUCAAGGUCUCUAGCCACUUGCAGGUUCUAGCCAGGCGGAAAUCUCGGGAGAUUCAGUCCAAACUGAAGGCCAUGAACCUGGACCAGGUGUCCAAGGACAAAGCCCUCCAGAGCAUGGCGUCCAUGUCUUCUGCCCAGAUUGUCUCCGCCAGCGUUCUGCAGAACAAGUUCAGCCCACCCUCCCCUCUGCCCCAGGCUGUCUUCUCCACCUCGUCAAGGUUCUGGAGUGGCCCCCCUCUCCUGGGACAGCAGCCUGGACCCUCUCAGGACAUCAAGCCCUUUGCACAGCCAGCCUACCCCAUCCAGCCGCCCCUGCCACCGACGCUCAGCAGUUAUGAGCCGCUGGGCCCCCUGCCCUCAGCCUCUGCCUCUGUGCCCGUGUGGCAGGACCGCACCAUUGCCUCCUCCCGGCUGCGGCUCCUCGAGUACUCAGCCUUCAUGGAAGUGCAGCGAGACCCUGACACGUACAGCAAACACCUGUUUGUGCACAUCGGCCAGACGAACCCCGCCUUCUCAGACCCACCCCUGGAGGCAGUGGACGUGCGCCAGAUCUACGACAAGUUCCCGGAGAAGAAGGGCGGACUCAAGGAACUGUAUGAGAAAGGGCCCCCUAAUGCCUUCUUCCUCGUCAAGUUCUGGGCCGACCUCAACAGCACCAUCCAGGAAGGCCCCGGCGCCUUCUAUGGGGUCAGUUCCCAGUACAGCUCCGCAGACAGCAUGACCAUCAGCGUCUCCACCAAGGUGUGCUCCUUCGGCAAGCAGGUGGUGGAGAAGGUGGAGACGGAAUACGCGCGGCUGGAGAACGGCCGCUUCGUGUACCGCAUCCACCGCUCGCCCAUGUGCGAGUACAUGGUCAACUUCAUCCACAAGCUGAAGCACCUGCCCGAGAAGUACAUGAUGAACAGCGUGCUGGAGAACUUCACCAUCCUGCAGGUGGUCACCAGCCGGGACUCCCAGGAGACCCUGCUUGUCAUUGCUUUUGUCUUCGAAGUCUCCACCAGUGAGCACGGGGCCCAGCACCACGUCUACAAGCUCGUCAAAGACUAGGAGGCCCACUGCCCCCCAAGGAUGCAGGAUGAACACCUAAACACACUUGCCUGGCCCCUCAGGGGUCCAGGUUGAGGACUCCUGCAGGUCUCAGGCCAGGACCCAGGAGGCCUCCCCGCCCCCCCAGCACACAUGUUCCCUGCCACUGUUCUGCGCUUUACUGUGGAAGAGGAAGGCUCAGUGGUGGGGCAGCCCAUCAGCGCUGACCCACCAUCACGUGGCUAGAGAUGGGGAUGGGGAUGCCUUUGGGCUCCAGUAGGUGUGGCUUCUGGCCCCCAGGGGAAUGUGAUGGGCAGGUGAAGACAGAGUGGAGACUGGGGGAGGACGGCAGCCUGUGGAGGUUCAGGAAUAGGUUUGGGCUGGGUUGAGGGGAGGGGGCCACUUAGCACCUCUGGGUGUCAGGCCUCAUGCCAGACUCCUUGCAGGGCUUUUGCCAUCCUCAAGACCCUGCAAAGCAGGCUGGGUCUCCAUGUUUUAGAUGAAGUGCUGAGACAGAGGUGGAUGUCCCAAAGGGAGGGGGCAGAGCUAGAGCCCAGGUUUACCUACCUCCCUGGAGCACAGGUGGCCAUAGCGGGGAAGUGGCUGCACCUGGCCUGUGCCUGGACAGAGCACCUCCUCUCAGUCCCCCAGUGCAGGGGAGAAGGGGAGCAUUCAGCCCCCAAGCCAGCCAGCCAGCCAGCAGCCCCAGGCCUGAGUCUGGCACACCAGAGGUGUUGGAACAGGGAGCAAAGGCCUUCAGGCUUUGGUUUGGAAGCCCGGGGCUGCCUGGGCAGCUCCCUAACCAGGUCGGGGAGCAAAGGUCAGCCCCUUCCUGUUGGUCUUUCUCCACACCAGGCCCAGUGGGUAUUUAUGAGUUUCAUAUGAAGUACUGUUUGUGCCCCUUCCCUUCCUUACCCCCACCCUGCCCGAGCUUCCUGAAGGUCUUCACAGUCAGCAUACUGCUCAGGCCACCUCCAGACCCCACCUAGGUUUUAUAACAUGUAUUAUGUAUUUUUUGUGUAUUUUUAAAAUCCAGCUGUGAUGGGUUGUGUCACAAUGUGUCUGUGGGCUGGGGUAAGGGCCCCUCAAGGCCUGGCUCCUGCUCAAAACGAAAUUAAAGUUAUCUCUGGGUCAGUUGUGACCAGUUGUGUGCUAGAUCUUAGCUUCCAGUGGGUGCUCUUCCUGUCCCAGUGCUUCUCACCCGUUCUGGUGGGGGACCCCAGGCCGACCAUGAUGCAGGAGUUCCACAAAAACUGCCAGCUCCCAAUAUCCCACACCUCCGUGUGGCAGUAAACAACAUGUAUGUAAUCAGUGCUGCACUUGUGACUUGCCCAAGGUCAAACAACCGAGACUGGAGUUCCAAGGGCCCUGUUAAAGCAGCAGUCCACCAGGCCUUGGACAACAGAAGAGCCUGACCCUGAUCUGCCCAGACAAGCCCUGCCCUGCCCCACCUCCCACUCUGCCGGCUGGGAUGGGGAGGGGAGGAUGAAGGGUGUCUCCUGGAGGUAGUGGACAUUUACUCCCCCAGGAGGCUGCCCCAGCCUUUUCACCGGCACUUGACUGGAUUCACUAGCCACUGUGAGACCCAGGCAUUCUGUGAGCAGGGAAUGCUGAAUGAGGCUUCUAGAAUUAAGGAUAAAACACAGGACACCCAGCAAUCUAUUUCAGCUCAGUACAUGUUCCUGGGCAAUGCUAAAAAUUUUCCUGGAAUUCAAAUUUGUAUAUUCUAUACUUAACUAUUGAGGCUGGCAAUCCUAGAGUCUUAAUUUUAGGUCAUUUGGGUCAAAUCUGCAGAUAGAGAUGUCAGGUUACAUGUACUUCAGCUGGUCACUGGCAAUGUUGUCUUUGCCUUUUGCCUUGGUCCACUGCAUUAGAGACCCCACUGUCAUCUGUAGGAUGGGAGUGUGUUUGGAGGCCCAUCAAGUGGGAAGGGGGUCCAGAAACUUACUGGUAGAGUACCCACUCUAGGCUUCCACUCUAGCCUUCUGAUGAUCGUUAUCUCAAGCUCCCUCCCUCCACCACUGCAGAGCACAAGACAUUUAGAAAACUUAGC